CAAGGCUCAAGCAUUUUGUCAGUCGAGAGCGCGAUUCUGCCGCGCCGCAGACCUGUCGAGUGACCUCACCUCGAGUGCAGAUACAAUCGUCUCGUUUUUAUUUUUCCACUGAUUUUUUUUCAAAAUAACAUCGAAAUAAAAUAGAAAGAUAAGGAUUAUCCUGAAAUAUUGACACCUGUUCGGCUUCAUUUCAUUGAUGAAUAAGAAAGUGUUUUACGAAGAUAGUAAAGUGAUUAUCAGUGACAACUUUGUGUCUUAAACAGCGAAAAGAAAGAAAGACAUGUUUUGAGUGUUUACUAAUGGUAAAUUCAUAAGAUGAAACAUUGUUGGGGCUAUUUUUGUUGCAGCGACUAGGAACUCGGAUUGUCAAUAAUAAAGUGCCUGGCGGCUCGAUAAUUCGCAUGACUUCGAUUUCAUCGAAUGAAGGAUGAUGAUCCUGCCGCGGAGGGUCCUGGUGACCCUGUGUCUGAUGUGCACCUUCCUAGAAAUCCAAUCGAGCAUAACCGAAUUUCCCGAUCUCGACAUGUUCGAUGAGAGCGAUCUCAUAGUCACCACAACAAAACGCACAUUGCCGGACCGCUGUCUAGUGAAAACUGACUCAGGCCCCUGCAAACACUACAUCCACAAGUGGACAUUCAGCAAGGCCGAGGGCAAGUGCAGAAUCUUCGUCUACGGUGGAUGCCUGGGAAACGAGAACAGAUUUAAUUCACAACUGGAGUGCCUUCAGCACUGCGUCGGCGGUCCCAAUUAUACAUUGCCUUCGUCUAUGGGAACCAAGGGAAAAGUUUUCGUGACAAAAAUGAAUACUUCGACGACGACUACACCUCCAACGACGACACCAAGCACCCCUUCCCCUACUUUUUCACCCCUAGGACCUACGAGGAAACCUGUACCCAAGCAUGAAAGAGGAAAGGAACUCACGUUUAUGGAGUCGGGGUACGAAAAAACGUUCAUGUUCGCGCAGAGCAACACAUUUAUCCAACUGGACGGACCGGGAAUCAAAACAUUUCAACUGAGACUCAGUCGAGAAAUCUCCUUCCAAUUCCGCACGAAGCUUCCCCACGGUCUCCUCGUGUACCACAGCGUGAAAGAUCGUCCAGAGAGCCUAGACCCCUACGCCCUGUACGUAAUCGUGGAAAAAGGUCAGCUGAAAGUGGUCCACGUCUUCGGGAAGCGUUCCACGAGCCUCACAGUGGGUGAAGGCCUGAACAGAGACGAGUGGCACAGUGUUCUAGUUAGGAUAGACGUCCGUGGAGCGAAAUUAAUCGCCCGAGUAGAUGACAGGCAAGAAGAAACGACUCUUGAGGUAUUGGAGAGAGUCGUUAAUUACGCAGUCUCCACGGAAUUGGCUUCAGUCGUUUUAAUUGGUGGUCUUAGCUCUGAGGAGAGACUCCACGGGGUCAAAUACAUCAUUGAAUCCUUCGUUGGGUGUAUCAGAGACAUGGUGCUCAGCUCUGGGAAAUCUGCCAGUGAUUUAUCACCUAUCAAGCCUUUAAUAGCGACGAAACACGAGAAUGUUAAGGAGGGGUGCAUUGACAAGUGCUGGACAAGAGAAAAUCUGUGCUUCUUCGGGAGCAAGUGUAUCAAUCACUACAACAGCCUGACUUGCGAUUGCUUCGGGACACUCUACGAGGGAGAACGAUGCGAUGUUUACACCGCCACUGUUUUGACACUCCGGGGGUCAUCGUAUGUCUCCUUUAGGGUUUACGAUUGGAAGGAUCGCGUGCAUUCGUCGGUGAAUCUCAUCAGCAUUCAGUUCAAGACAAGAUGGGACGACUCAGUCCUCUUCUACGCAUCCGGCGAGAUCGACGGGACGGCCCACUACAUCUCCGCCUCCAUAAUGAACCGCAAAGUCCACGUCCACGUGGAUUUCGGCCACAACUCGAAGUUCUCCACAAUCUUGGGUGACAACGUCGCCAAUAACGACUGGAGGAAUUUUACAAUUUUCCACAACGUUUCCAAGGUCUUCAUCUCCCUGGACCGAGAGAUGGAUGUCCUGGAGAUUCCAGGAGACAACCACUACAUGAUAAUCGACCCGGAGAUCUACAUCGGUGGGGGCCCCGAACUGCACAAGAAGAAGGGCCUCGUCUCCUUCAACAACUUCGCUGGCUCUCUGAAAUACGUCUUCUUCAAUGACAAAUCCAUCAUUUACGAGCUCAAGAAGUCCAACCCAAUGGUCCAUUAUAUCGGAGUUCUCGAGCCUGAAUACUAUGAUGCUGAUGUCAAGGUCAUCCCCAUCACAUACCCCUUCGCGGGGAGUCACAUAUGGUGGCCGACCAGAUGGAAAGACUCUCUAAUGCUCAACUUCGAGUUCCAGAGUUCAAAACCAGUGGCCGUUGUUGCCUCAGGAGAUGUUAAGAUGGGACAGAGUCUAGGGUAUUGGGAAGUUAGAUUGGUAAACGAUGAAGUCUGGUUCCAAUUGAUUCCUUUGCUAACGGAGAACAUCACGGUGAUAGCCUCGGUGGACAAUACGACAUCCUGGCACAAGGUAGAACUUAACUACACGAGAGGACAACUCAGUCUGAUCGUUGAUUACCAUCAUCUGAAGUCGAGACAGUUCCCCAGGAUAUUCGAACUGACUGAUAAAGUUGUCAUUGGAAGUGGGAAGAGUGAUGCGGGACUCGUGGGGUGCAUGAGGGACAUCAAGGUCAAUGAAGAUGUCGUCGAGCCCAGGUACGUCAUAAAUACCGAGAGAGUCGUCGGAGAAGUCGCCUUGGACAACUGUCAGUUCGUCGAUCCCUGUAAGCGACCCAAUACCUGCGAACACGGGGGCAAGUGCUCGGUCAAAGAGAACCGAAUCACCUGUGACUGUAAGGACACCGGUUACAUCGGAAAGAACUGUCACUUCACUCGUUACCGAAAGACUUGUGAGGAGUUAGCUCUAUUGGGCUACACCAAAGACGGAGUCUACAAGAUUGAUAUCGAUGGAAAUGGAAGAUUUCCACCUGCCAUCGUCAAGUGCGAGUUUCAGAGCAUUGAGGAUGCCACCAAGACCAUUGUAGAGCACAAUCUACCGUCGCAAGUCGACGUACGGUCGAGCACUGAGAAGGACUUCUCUUUCAAUAUCACGUAUCGAGAGUUCACCGCUGAGAUGCUGCAGGAGUUGAUCUCUCACUCGUUAUAUUGCAGCCAGCAUGUCAAGUAUGAUUGUUAUAAGGCCCCUCUGGAGCUGCACAGCGCUACUUGGUUGCUGGGGUCCAAGGAGACCAUUGUGGAUUAUAUUGGGAAUGUUAAUAGGGGAUCCUGUCCCUGCGGAAUGAAUAAAACUUGCGUGAAUCCUGAUCUGGGCUGCAAUUGUGAUGUCUCCGCGGGUAAAUGGCUAUCUGAUGAGGGGCAUUAUGAGAGUCCCGACUCAUUGGGGAUCACUGGGAUGGUUUUUCUGCAGCAGAAGGAUCUCGAAGAAGAUGCGCAGGGGAGAAUUACGCUUGGUCCUCUAGAAUGCGUCGAAACCAAUACACAAAAAUACGUAGUGACAUUCACAACAUCCCAAUCUUACAUCGAAGUUCCCGGCUGGAGAAAAGGGGACAUUGCUUUCAGUUUCCGAACAACUGGAGAAAAAGCAAUUCUCCUCUAUCAACCGCCAAUCAGGAGCAACUAUCCCUCCUUCAUGGUCGCCCUGACUUCCGAUUACCGAUUGACAUUCAACUUCACCUUGAACACUGGAACAAAUCGCGAGUUAGAAGUGAAAAGCCGAAGAAAAUUGAACAAUGGAGAGUGGCAGAAGAUCUGGAUUGAUUACAACGACUACCACGUUCGGUUUAUGAUAAACACAGACUUUCAAAUGGUGGAUUUACUCCCUGAGGAGGAGUUCGGACCCUUCGAAGGGUCGAUGUUCAUCGGCGGAGCCACGGCUGAGCAUCUCAAGACUUCUGAAGUGAAGCAGGGGCUUAUCGGGUGCUUCAGGGGGCUCGUGGUGAAUGGGGAGAUUUUAGACAUUCACAGCUACAUGUCUGUUCACUUAUCAGAGAUUAUCAAGGAUUGCAAACCCUCUUGUCAGCCCAACAAGUGCCAGAAUGGCGCGAGGUGUGUUGAGUUGUGGAGUAAUUUCGAAUGUGUCUGUGAGAAUCGGUGGGCCCAUCAAGGCACUUUCUGCGAGACCAAUAUAAACACCAAAGCGUUGACGUUCACCUCCCCGGGUGCAUUCCUGAAGAAGAACUACUUCGGCACCGGCGACGACGAGGAGAAGCUCCUGCUGAAGAGCAUGCUGCUGGAGAACAUCCUGAUAAACCUGAGGACGUACGACACCCACUCCCUCAUCCUCUACGCCAACGAUCAUCUCAACAACUUCGUUCACCUCUACAUAUCAAACGGGACGAGCAUAGUCUAUCUAUUUAACGCCGCCAACGAGAUCAAGAACAUCACCGUCCAGUAUCCAGGAUUCAAUACUGGAAUAUCUGUGCAAAUAGCUAUUGUCAGGGGAGAGAAGACGACGACACUUCAUGUGAAUGAUCAUAAUGUCACGGUUGAUGCUGUACCAAUUUUGUUGGAUUCGUAUUCCAAUAAACCGUGGAUCAAUUCGGAGAAGGAAGUUUUGGCACCACAGAGACCACCUGCGCCUCCAAUGGAUUAUUUCCAGGUAAACCUCGGAGGAUUCGACCCAGACAACCUCCUCCGGGUCGGCAAAGAGGGUCAACUGAUCCAAGGCUACGUCGGCUGCCUCCGCGGUCUGAUGAUCGCGGAAUACCUAGUGGACCUCCCGAACCUCGCCAGCGAGGCGAACCACGAGGGCUCCAAGGGGGUCCUCCCCAACUGCCAAAUGAAGUGCGACGCCGUUCCCUGCAAGAACCUCGGGAUCUGCAUCGAGGAUUUCGGCAAACAAGAGGCCUCCUGCAACUGCGAGCUGACCUCCUACUUCGGUGAGAACUGCGCCGAGGAGAAGGGUGCGGACUUCGGCGGCGAGAGCCUCCUCCAGAGGGGAUUUGAACUCGACGGAGAGGUGAACCAGAUCAAGGUCCAGCUGGCCUUCUCUACGAACGAUCUCCGUCAGCGAACAUCAGCGCUUCUCCUCCUGCAGACAGAGAACCGGAGGAGCUACUACCUGUUGGUGGCCCUGACCUCCGAGGGACAAUUGAUCUUCGAAGAAGACCGAGAGGGCUCUGCUUAUGGGGUCAGAGUCAACGACAGGAACUUCCUGAAUGGGGCCAGACACAGUGUGUACUACGUCAGGGACAACAACACGGUGACACUUCUGAUCGAUCGAGAGCCAGUCCAGCUGCUGCCGAUUCCAGUCCUCAGCCUCACUGAGGACGAGGAAGAGGGCGGGGAGGAGGAGGAUCCAGCAGCCAGUGAAGAGCCCAGUGUUCAGUUGGGCUGGGUCAACACCUCUGAUCAUCGGUUCUCUCUGUACAAGGGGUACACUGGAUGUCUCAGUAACGUUGUGGUGUCGAUCAACGGCGGAACCAUGAUGAAGCCCUUGGAGGAGUACAUGUUGUUUACGAAAAAGGGGAGUGAGACGGUGAGGGCGACGAAUCCAGCUGGCGUCAGGAGUGCCCAGUGUUCGUUCUUCCAUGUGCAGCCUAGGGGUCUAGAGCCCCCGAGGAAUGACAGUGUUGAUAAUGAUAAGAACUGGGACGCAGGGGCGCCUGGGAAAAUCCCCUACAAGUCGCUUUAUCAUGACGAGACUGAGGAGGAGCAGGGGGCUGGGACCUACAUUUUCAUUGGGCUUUGUUGUAUCUUUGUGGCGGCUGUUCUGGGCUGCAGUUAUGAGGUCUGGAGGAGUGCGAGGAGGGACAGGAAGAGGAAGCGGAGGGCCAGGGCUGCUGCGGUGGCGGUCAGCGGGUCUCCGGGGGGGUCCCAGAGGUGGCAAGCUGCUGAGGGUAACUCGGCGGGGAAGAGUGUCGGGUUCAAAACUGUGGUGGAGGAGGAGAAGAGGCCCAAUGGGACGCACAAGGUCGUCAAUGAUGUGGGGGAGAAGAAGGUUCAUAUUAAAGAGGAACAACCCGAGAAGAAGGAGCUCCUAGGGGUAAAUACAGGCCUCGUCAGUAAACCUGCGAAACCGAAUCCAUUUUCAAUGGAAGAUCUGACGGAGGAGCCAGAGUUGGAAGAGAGAGAGCAGGAGGAGGCAGAGGAGGAGGAGGAUGAAGAAGUGACUGAUCCAAGUGUCAUCAGUAAUCCUGAGGCUGAAGUACUCGUCAAGCCCACUCCGGGUCCCUUUAUCCAAGGAAGACAGUCCAAGUCACAAGCAACGACUCCAGAAGGCACGAAGAUGAAAGCUUUGAAUAUGGCCCCAAUAUUUCUCGCUGAGGACAUGCGAACAUUUUCGAAUCCAUUGAGCUACCUCGGAGGUCCUCGGCUACAGCCAAAAAACCGAACAUCCAUUGAGUCCAUCCUAUCCCUAGAUUAAUUAAUUUUUAAAAAUGGGAAAAACUCGACAAAAAUGGAACAAAAUAAUGUACCGGGUAGUACGAUAGGUUUUGUGUCGAAGAGACAGCGGUGCGGUGAAUUAUCCCUAGUCACAUUCUCAUUUCUCCCCUCCUCAGACUCCCCAGUGCAGACAAAAAUGUAAGAUUAAAUGUAAAUUGAAUGGUAUUAAUACGAUGUCAUAGACUGCCUCGUGUAGUUUUAGUGAUAAAAAGAAUUGAUAAUUAUUAAUUAAGGAGUGAUGUCGAUAUUUUCAUUACGGAAUUUGCUGUUACACGAUGUUCAAUAUUCUAUCAUUACAUCAUUGAGAGAUUGAUAAAUAAAUGAAGUAUUAUUCUAAA